AUUGUGCAUUAUACUUUGCAAAAUAGUUACUUUAGUGUUAAUUAGUGUUUCAAAGAUCGCGUGCUUCUUUUCUUUUUUCAUUAAAUAUUGUUUUAAAUAAUAUAAUUAACAAGUAAUAUUCUUUUUUAUUAGAAGUAAAGACCAAUAAAAGCAAUAAGUUUAAAUCAACCGCGGUUUCAUGUUACUUGUUACCUGCCUAUGAAUCCCCAGUUCAGUUGUCGAUCAAUGAUCCUCCUCGCGCUGUUAGUAUCGAGCACUUUUCUUGAAAUCAACAACUUGGUGUCUGUAUAUUUACAUUUCUUUACGUUUUUCAAGUUUCAGCGAUGUAAUAAAAUCCUAUACAAUGUACCCAAGAGAAAUCACUGGAGAUUAAAUGAAUCAGACGUGAAACAAUGAUACGUAAGACUCUAAGAGAUGGUUUUCUAAGCACUGGAGCAGUUAUCAAAACACAGUGAGCGUACAAGGUGUUGUCGAAAGAGAAAAAUGCGAUACAACCAGAGAUAGUUCGAAGGUGCAUAUCAUAGACAACGGUAUUAAGCAAUAUCCAUGCACAUAAGCGGUUACGUGCGGGAACCGGUUCUCCUGAAUUGUUACACUUGAAAGGACGAAAUGGCACAAGGUGAAAGUAGAAUGAUAAAAGAAAAAUUCAGACUUUGCAACGCGAAAAUCAGCCGCUGAAAUAUCGAGAGACACGUGUAACCUGACUGUGAAAAAAAUGCCUGCCUUGUUCGAUUAUAAUUUCGAGAAUAAUUCUGUAAUUAGUUACGAGUCGUCAACUAACCUAAUUCAUGGCUGAUCGUGUCUUGCGAUUACGUGUUUGACGUGAAUGUAACUGUAAAAAAUAAACACGUAUCAUUACCUUGUCAUAAACAAAAACGUCAUACAGCACAGACGUUUAUUAAUAAACUGUUUACAAUGGCUGUACCUAACAAGUGGGAGAAUGCUUGUAGAUUAUGUUCAGAGGUGAGAAAUGAGAUGCUACCAAUCUUUGGUGACGAAGGGGUACAACGCAAAGUGGCACAGAAGUUACGUGCUUGCCUACCAGUUUUAGUAUACAAAACGGAUCCACUGCCAAAGCAAAUAUGUCAGUUCUGCGCUGCAAGGCUGGACGAUGCUUACGAGUUUAGAGAAUAUUGCCUGAGUGUUUAUAAAAGCAUGCACUUGAAACUGUUAGCAUAUAAGAAUAUUGAAUCUGUUCAGAUUUAUUUGGAGGCAAUGAAAAACUCCCCUGACCCUUGUCAGGCACAGUUAUGGAAAGAUAAGGCUAGAGCACCACCACCUUUAGUACCUUUGCCCAUUACACUGCCAGUUGAAAACCCAUUAGUACCAAUAAAUCUUAGUCGAGUUCAUUCAAGCAAUUGUGUUGAGUUACCUGAAUUACCAUGUGAAGUAGAAAUCAAAGAAAUGGUUACAGAACCAAUAUUGGGAACAGCGAAUACGUAUGAGUCAUUGAAUAAAAAUAAUGUAGAAAAUAAGCUAUACAAAGAUGUAGUAACAGAAGAUAACAUGGAACCAUUGAUAGAAGAAGGCAUUGAUUCCAAACAGAAUAUUCAAAUGCAGAAGGAAGAAAAACGUACAAGUAUUUUGGAGCAAGUACUAAUGGGUAGUUUGACAGUGAAUGAUAGGAAAGACUUAAAUUCACAGCCAAAGCUGUCAUCAAAGUGGUGGUGUGCACCUUGUAAUAGUUACUAUAAAACAAAAGAGAGCUUGAUAAAACAUAUGCAGUUAGAUUGCCCAAGAAAAUAUUCCUGUAGAAAAUGUUCUACAUGUUUUGAAUUAGUGGAGGACUUAGCUAAGCAUGAAGCUACCGAUCAUUUAAAAGUGACACUGGAUUUUGAUACGAGUGUUAAAGAGUGUGACCAAUGCGACAGACAAUUUGUGAGGUGGGAGAUGUUAAAGCAACAUAGAUUACGUGAUCAUUUGGCUCAAGCAAAUGAAAUUGGGACCAAUACACGAUGUUCUUUGUGCAAUAGAUUCUUUUUGAGCAUGGAAGAAUAUCAGAAUCAUACUCAAUUACAUGAAAUCAGUGAUGACGAGACAGCAAAUACAUCACAAAUAACAGACCAGCAAUUAGUUAAAGUUGUUAAAAACGAUGAACCUUCAAAGGAAGUAAAGAAAGAUCAUUUUGUAGAAGCUACUAAAUCUCUCACAUGUCCUACUUGUGGAAAAAUCUGUACUCAGCAAAGUGCAUUGUCAAAUCACAUGCGAACUCAUGAACCUAAAAGACAUAAAUGUGAUAUAUGUGGACGUUCAUUUGGACUCUUCAUACGUCUAGCAGCACACAGAAUGAGUGAACAUAACCAACAAUCUACGGUAUCGCCUGUAAUGGCAAGCGUUGAGCAAGAAGAAGCAUUAAAUGCUGAGAGAGAGGCCAGAGAAGCAAGAGAAGCUAGAACUCGUUCCAGGAGAAACAGAACUUAUUCAGAGAUGAUAGAAAGAGAAGAUAUUCCUAAUCAUGAAGAACCACCACCAAAAAGAAGAAGUGUAAAUAAUAGUACUUUUAAAAAUGUGGCAAGAUGCGGUAUAUGUUUGCAAUGGUUCAGUGAUCAUACUACGAUGUUAACGCAUUUACAAACGCAUUCAGAUAACUACACUUGUAAAAAUUUCACGUGUCAUAUAUGUAAAAAAUCUUUCAAAGAAAAGUGGCAGUUGCUCAGACAUGAGGUAUCACACAAACGUAAUGAACCCACAACAAUGUACGUGUGCAGUGUAUGCAAUAAAUCAUUUCUGGAUAAAAAUACGUAUAAGACGCAUCAAAAAACGCACAUCCUUGAUAAAACAUAUCAUUGUUCAAAGUGUAACAAAAUAUUUUUCAAAGAAGUGUCAAUGUUAACGCACCAAUGUACAUCAGAUACACUGCUCGGUAAAAAGGGAGCUUCCUCGAAAUCGGUACAAAAGUCUACUUCGUUAAGUAACAAUAAAAAAUACAAAUGUUCCAAAUGCAAUGCGUCCUUCAGUAGUUUUCAAUCAAAGAAUUCUCAUAUGAGGAUACACACGGAAGAAUCGCAAGCAACUGAGCGAACGCAAGAUCUAAAGGCAGAGUCUGAGGAUGAACCUAUGCCAAAAUUAACUCCUGAAACUUCAUUAGAAUAUCCAAUACCUAUUGAACCAAAAGUGGAAAUAAAAGAAGAAAGUGCGCCACCUCCAGUAAAACGAACUCUUAUUAGGACAACUGGCGGGUAUCGAUGUGGGGUGUGCCAAUCUCCAUUCGUCCUACGCGAAUUAGCUGUAGCGCACUUGAGAUCUGCACAUCCUCUUAUGCCAUAUCAGUGUCCUUAUUGUAAAAAGCGGUUUACUACACAGUAUACGUUCACUCAUCAUAUUAAAACCGAACAUCCUGAUGAACACGAGAAUUGAAUAACAUAAAAUAUAGUUAGCUUUAAUAUGCCAAAUGGUUCUUAUACUAUAAAAAUAUGCCUUGAGUAUGAGAUAACUUUUGUUUAUACAUAAGAUAUAUAUAUACAUAUAGAUAUAUAUAAAAAACAGUUUUUAGUUUUGUACUGAACUGUAUCAUUUGAUAAUCUGGCAUACUAGUUCCUGAACAAAUAAUUGGCCUUAAAUAAAGUUUUGUAGUUCUGUUUCAUGAAAAGCGAAAAAUACUAUAAAGGUAUAUUCAUAAAUAAAUAUAGAUUGUGUUGAACAAAGUAUAGUUUUUAAUAAUGAAUAAGUAUCUAUCAUAGGAGACUGGAAUUAGGACUAGUACUUACAUUGAACGUGCCUCGUUAAGUACUGUGUCAUAGCGCUACACACCUUUUUAGUCGAAUCGAUUUUUAAAUACCGAAGAGAAGAUAUCGUAUUAGAUAUUAUACGUGCCGGUAGUGAUAGUUUUAUGGAAUCUUAUAAAAAUGUUAUUUGUUUAUAUGUUCGCUAGUGUUAAAAAAAACAUUC